CGUUGACCGGUGAAAGUGUACACAGCAAACCGAAAGAACAAGUGUUUCCAAAAAACUGGAAUUCAUUACAACACAGCGUUGUUUUGGAUAGCUUUGGUUUGGCAGUGCAUGAAAAGGACGAAGUAUAUUGACCACUAUGGAUAUGGAUAUGGAAUAUUCGUAUAGCUUACCGAAUCCGUUUGGAAAUGUGUCAACAGUGUCGACACUGCGCGCAGAGGCAAGAAUGUCAGAUGUGCGGCUAAUCGGUUGGAAUGUGCCGCCAGAAGAGUUGCGUCAUAUACCCGAUCAUUGGUUGAAGUAUCCGGAACCACCUGCUUCCCUACACUAUCUGCUGGGCACGUUGUAUCUCUUCUUUACAACCGUAUCGAUGGUCGGUAACGGUGUGGUCAUCUGGGUGUUCACGGCUGCCAAAUCUUUGCGUACCCCAUCUAACAUACUGGUUAUCAAUUUGGCCAUCUGUGACUUCUUCAUGAUGCUGAAGACACCCGUCUUCAUCUAUAACAGCUUUCAUAGGGGAUUCGCUUUGGGUAACUUCGGUUGCCAGGUGUAUGGCAUACUCGGCGCUUACACCGGCAUUGGCGCAUCUACCACGAAUGCUUUCAUUGCAUACGAUCGCUACAACGUCAUCACCAAACCAAUGGAAGGCAAAAUGACGCAUGGCAAGGCGAUUACGAUGAUUAUGUUUGUGUAUCUCUAUGCCACACCGUUUGUAGUUGGAUGUGUGACGGAGACUUGGGGCAGAUUUGUGCCAGGUAGGUGAAAUGGCUUAUUUUCUUGUUGUUACAUGUGUUACAGUUAGGGAU